CUCGAAUCGACUGGACGACGGGCGAGAAGGGCAGCAGCAUGGCGACGAACGGCCAUGCUGAACCAGUGUCGACUCAGGAGGGCAUCUCAGAAGCGGAAGCGGCUCUUUAUGAUCGGCAAAUACGAUUAUGGGGUGUCGAAGCUCAGAACAGGAUGCGCAAAGCCGCUGUGCUGCUCGUCUGCUUGCGAGGCAUAGCCACAGAGAUUACAAAGAACAUCGUCUUGGCCGGCAUCGGUUCACUCAGUAUCCUCGACGACCAGGCAGUCACUGAAGAAGACCUAGCGACGGGUUUCUUUCUACGCGAAUCUGAUAUUGGAGCCAAUAGAGCGCAAGCAGCGCAAGAGCGCAUACAGCUCCUCAAUCCUCGUGUCCAGAUCAGCAUUCUUCAUGACAUGUCGCUCCUCUCGGACGAGCACUUUUACUCACGCUUCGACCUCAUCUGCCUCACCGACUCUUCCGUCGAACUGAUAGAGCGAGUCAAUGCAUUGACGCAUAAGAUGGGAAAGCAAUUCUACGCGACAGGCUCAUUUGGUAUGAACGGCUAUGCUUUCUGCGAUCUAGGCAAACACAGCUACGUCAUCGAGCAACAGGAGCGACGGCCAGAUGGCACGCUGUCCGAGGACGCAAAGAAGCUGACCGUCCAACGCUCAGUCGACUUUGUAGAUUUUGCUACUGCACAAGCAUACGUCUGGAAUCUGUCCCCAAAGAAGCGUCGAAAGCUCAACCCAGCUCUGUCAGCGCUUUUUGUGCUCUGGGAAUAUCAGAGGCAACACCAUGGUCUGAUGCCUGCAAAUGAAUCAGUCGCUUCGGCUCUCAGCGCGAUAGGGACGACAACGUUACCAGCCAAAGGACUUGAGAUCGCAUCGGAUCUCGAUGCGUUUUACAGAGACAUAGCUCGCACGGCCAGCUAUGAUUUCAUGCCAUCUUGCGCCGUAUUGGGCGGCAUUGUUGGACAAGACAUUCUCAAUGCGCUCGGUGGAAGAGAGGCGCCAUUGGUCAACCUGCUCGCUUUUGACGGACAUUCAAACGCGGCGGACAUCUAUGCUUGCAUCCCAGAGGCGUAAGGCAGGGACAACACUGGCCCAUUUGCCUGAACGGCAUGCUUAAGCGUGGCGCGCGUAUCGCUAUCGCUCUUGAAGCCAAAGGCUUCGGCUUCUGCGAGCAUCUCAUUCGCUGCGCGUGGCGAGUGGCGAGCAACGAAGUACAAGGUCGCAUUGAAAUGUGCUACGUCUGGCACCAGCCGAAGCUGUUGUUGUAGGUGCAAAACACGUCUUGCCUUGGUUCUUUGGCCGGUCAGCGCGUAGCCAUAUAAGAGCAUCGUCAGAUCCGACAAAGGCACGCGAGAUAGCUUGGCUGUCCCUCCAGACUC